AUGCUAAGAGUUACGAUGAGCAUCUAUGAUCCUCUGGGUCUCGUGGCAGCCUUCGUUAUCCAUGGGAAGGUACUUGUCCAGGACGUCUGGAGGACCAAAAUCGAUUGGGACGAGAAGGUUCCCUGGGAAAUUUUCUUACGCUGGAAACAGUGGCUUGCUGUACUCCGCACGAUGAAUACAGUUAAAGUUCCUCGCUGUUAUUUCCCAGGAUACAGCACCGAUAGCUACAACUCCCUAGACUUGCACGUCUUCGUUGAUGCUAGCGAAGAAGCCUACGCAGCAGUCGCGUAUUUUCGCGUCAUCGACAACGGUUGUGUUCGGUGCUCAUUAGUAUCUUCGAAGACAAAAGUAGCUCCACUUCAUCCUCUUUCCAUCCCACGCCUUGAACUGUCCGCUGCAGUAAUUGGCGCACGUUUACGGAAGACGAUUGAAGAGAAACAUUCUCUGAAAAUACGUCGCACAGUUUUCUGGAGUGAUUCAUCAACGGUUAUCGCUUGGAUUAGGUCCGAUGCGCGUCGCUAUCGACAGUUCGUAGCAUUUCGGGUCAACGAAAUACUCAGUCUAUCGUCGGUUCAAGAGUGGCGCUGGGUGCCCACAAAACUGAACGUGGCCGAUGAAGCCACAAAGUGGGGUAAAGGUCCUUCCUUUGAUCCGGACAGCCGAUGGUAUCACGGGCCGGAUUUCCUGUACGACAACGAACUGGAAUGGCCGAAAGACUGUCGAUCCGAUACCAACACUACAGUGGAAGAACUUCGGCCAGCCUAUGUCUGCAAACAUCUUGUCAUCGAACCAGUGGUGAUGUUAGACCGUUUCUCUCGCUGGGAGCGACUACUGCGAAGUAUGGCGUACGUUGUGCGAUUCAUCGACAACAGUAUGUUGAAGCACAGAAAGCAACCUCUACAUCUAGGUGCGCUGACUAGGGAUGAACUCCAGAAGGCGGAAAGGUGCUUGUGGAGAAUGGCACAGUGCGACGGGUUUCCGGAUGAAGUAGCGGUGUUCAAACACAAUCUCCAGUCAUCUCAACGGCGGAAUCUAGAACGAAACAGCCCACUAAUCAAACUCACGCCAGCGAUAGACGACUUCAACGUGCUACGAAUGGAUGGCCGCAUUCAGGAAGCUGACUUCGUUGAUUAUGACGCCAGAAAUCCAAUCAUCUUGCCAAGAGGACAUCGCGUGACUGAUCUGCUUCUGGACUGGUACCACCGAAGGUUCCAACACGCAAACGACGAAACGGUGGUGAACGAGGUCAGGCAGCGUUUCUACAUACCAAAACUGAGAGUACAGGUCCGUCUGACGAGGAAGCAGUGUAAAUGGUGUAGAGUUUAUAAAGCAGUCCCAGCCGUGCCUAGAAUGGGACCUCUUCCAAAAGCUAGACUGAUGCCAUUCUGUCGGCCAUUUACCAUGGUCGGAAUCGACUAUUUUGGACCUUAUUCCAUACGAUCACCGACAGGAAGAAGCACGCUCAAGCGGUGGGUGGUGUUAUUCACCUGCCUGACUGUAAGAGCAGUUCAUGUAGAGAUUGCAGCCAACCUAUCGACGGACUCCUGCAAGAAGGCGAUUCGCCGGUUCAUCGGGCGCAGAGGUGCCCCACGUGAGAUCUACACGGACAAUGGUACCAAUUUUGUCGGUGCAAGCAGAGAAUUGGCGGCAGAAAUACGGGCGAUCAAUGAGGAGAUCGGCAGCACUUUCACUGACACCCAGACACAAUGGCAGUUUAUUCCACCGUCAGCACCGCACAUGGGGGGAUGCUGGGAGAGGAUGGUGCGGUCGGUCAAAGCCGCUUUAGGAACCGUUCCAACCGUACGUGUCCUAGAUGAAGAAUCGUUUGCCACUGUACUCGUCGAAGCGGAGUCUAUGGUCAAUUCUAGACCUCUGACCUUCAUCCCGCUAGAAACAGCUGAUCACGAGUUGUUGACACCAAACCACUUCCUUCUCCUCAGCUCUACACGAUCACGAGUUGUUGACACCAAACCACUUCCUUCUCCUCAGCUCUACUGGUGUACGACAACCAAUCAAGAACCCCGUGGACGAAAAAGCUGCAAUCCGCAGUAG